AUGUAUGUGAAAUGGUUUGAUACAAUAAUGUUAUACUAUGUGAUUUUAGUGUAUUUACUGAAUGUCACUUUUUGUCAUUUUCAAAUGUCCCGCCAGUUCCGUCCCCCGUACAUCCCAACUUCGCAGGGGGCGGAACCCAGAUGACAGAUGCUGGCAUCCGCCGGAGGACAUUACAGGGGACACUGCAGGAGGGACAUCGUGGGAGCGCAGGACAAGGUAAGAGAAGAACAGAUCCGGGAACAGCGCCGCAUGGUAAGCUCGAGUGUAGCUCGGGGUUACCGCUUGUGCUACACUCGGGAAUACCGCCAGGGAGGCUA